GAGGUGCCCAGAAGGUUACACGUGUAUGAAGGCUGGACGAAACCCAAACUAUGGCAACACCAGCUAUGACAACUUUGGCUGGGCAUUUCUCUCCCUCUUCAGAAUCAUGACUCAGGACUAUUGGGAGAAUCUCUUUCAGUUGACCCUUCGUGCUGCUGGGAAGACAUACAUGAUCUUCUUUGUGGUGGUCAUCUUCCUGGGCUCUUUCUACCUGAUCAAUCUGAUCUUGGCUGUGGUUGCGAUGGCAUAUGACGAGCAGAAUGAAGCCACCUUGGCUGAAGCUAAUCAGAAAGAAGAGGAGUUUCAAAGAUUACUUGAGCAACUCAGGAACCNGAGCAACUCAGGAACCAAGAGCAAGAGGUCAGGCAGAAAAGCAUCUUUGGCCAGCCAGACAACACAAAGUCGAGGGUCAAACAGGACAGGUUCCCUGCAGAGUCUUGGUGGUGAUAAUGUAAUAGAGGACUGCAACGGCCGAAUAGUGCCUUGCCUUGUCGUCAACAGAGCCUCCUUUAACAAAGAGUUAUCAGCUGAAGAGGACCACAAGUCCAUGAGCUCCAAACACAGCAUGCAGUACCUGGAUGAGCCCAAACUCUCCAAGAGAACAGCUAGUGCUAUCAGUGUGGUCACUGCAACUAUGGAGGAUUUGGAAGAUGCUCAGAGGCCUUGUCCCCCUGGCUGGUAUAAGUUUGCUGAUAUUUUCUUUAAAUGGGACUGCUGCACUCCCUGGAUCAUAUUUAAGGAGUGGGUUCAUUUUGUAGUGAUGGACCCAUUUGUGGAUCUAGGUAUCACCAUCUGUAUUGUGCUCAACACACUUUUCAUGGCCAUGGAGCACUACCCCAUGAGUCCGGAUUUCGAACAUGUUCUCUUAGUGGGCAACUUGGUAUUUACAGGAAUCUUCACA